GGAAAGAAAGACGGGACCGAGGAGGCGUGGACUCGUAGGCUCUCGUCUUGCUGAGACACUGCUGCAGAAAUACAAACAGCUCGAAGUUAAAAGUAAUCGAAAUCAUUUAGAGCUACUGUCGCUGAUCACAUGAGACGUGUGCAGAGCAGGACUCUCCUACUGUACUGAUCCCGGGUGGAAAGCGCAGUUUCGCAGCUGCAUUGUGAGAUGAUGGCGGAGGCAGGGGGGAGCUCCACAGAGACGAUCACAGAGACUGUGCCGCCGGAGAACCGAGAUGGUCAGCAACCGGAGGGUCGCAGUCUGACUAUCAAGCUGAGGAAGAGAAAGACGGACAAGAAGGUUGAGUGGUCAAGUGACACUGUGGAUAAUGAACACCUUGGCCGGAGGUCAUCAAAAUGCUGCUGUAUUUUUGAGAAACCCAGACAGUUUGGCGAGAGCUCAACAGAAAGCGAAGAUGAAGAUGACGGAUGUGGAAAUGCACACUGCAUUCGUGGACACCGUAAAAAGGGCGGCGGAUCAUUACCUGACUCGGGACAUGGUCAGCAAAGCCAUGAUGGCACACCAAAUUCUUCAGAUUCACACCAACACUGAGAGAGAAAGAGAAAAAGCAGCACGUGGAGGGGUAGACGCAGCAUAGGGAUUGGGGAGGGCUGGAUUGGUUUCAGGGAAAAUGACACUGCAUCACAUUCUCCAACACUGAGGAAGGAAUGCGAGAGGCAGCAAUUCACUAACUCAAACUGUAGGAAGGGCGUUUGAAAUGAUUUUUUAUUUUUUUUUUGCAACAAGAGAAUCUUGGGGGGAAAAAAAAAAUCUGCAGUGAAGAUGAGGUUUACAUAUGUAGAGUCAGAUCAAAGCUAGAAGGGAUUGCUGCAAAAAGUGCGCUUAUUGAGUAGAAAAUUCAUUGUAAACUGUCUGACCUAGCAUGGCUGGCAUGGAGGCACUGUCCCCGAAAGUUUGUAUACCUUUAGAAGAUGAGUGAUUAGGCAAAAUUAUUCUUGAUACUAAUGUCAUACCAGCGUAUUCAGUCAGCAACAACAAGGUCGUUUUUUUGGUGGACAUAAAGAAAUAAUAGUGGAAGAGUGAAGAAAUAGUAAAACCAAAAUGAAUAAUUUAACAUUGAACUUCCAUCUUCUUUACACAGAAUAAGGCAGGAAAUCACUUUAGUUUGAUUCUAAUCUUAAUUUUUUUAUUUAUUUAUUAUUAUUUUUUAUGAGGACUCGUUUGCCUGUGCUUAAGAUGCAUUUGGGCUAAUGGAGUUCAGUCUGUUUUUGGUGUUAAUGGCAUGAUUAAUAGUGGCUGUGUCAAGUUUCUUGUUCAUUACAAUCUGAGGCGAUCCUGCAAAGAAAAGAUAAUCACUCCGGAAACAAAUCACAUGCAGUAUUACUUUAAAUGGUGAAAUCAAAAGCAACGCGCUAGACUAAAUCAAAUAAUCAUUCACAUUCCUGGACAUGCAAAAUUGCUGGCAGGUGAACAUGAAUUGGAAGAAGGUAAGUGAAAGACCACAAUUAUCACCCCUUGGGGCUCUUUAACUUUUUAAAAUGAUGCCCUUUGGCCUAAACAAUGCCACGGCCACCUUUCAGCAUUUGGAAAAGUGGGCCCUUGUGGCAAGAUGUGUCAAUAGAAUUGGCAGCCCCUUAAAAUAUGAAGUCCAAGUGGUCCUCAGACAUCCCUUUUUAGAACAGGACGUGCAGCCUUCCCAAUCAUGCCUAAAUCUGCUCGAUUCGACAGGAUCAGAUAGUGGAGUUGUCCAAUUACUGCUGUAUUUCCUAUUUUAUUUUUGUGCAUUGAUUUAUCUGUUUUUGCAUGGUUUUAAUUUAAAUUAUUAAUAUUAAUAAUUAAUAUUAAUUAAAUUAUAUAUAUAUUAUGUCAAACUUGUGAACCUUUACCCAAGAUUAUACACUGGACGCAAUGCCCUGUCCACUUCUCUCAAGCUGUGGAGUUGUAUCGAUAUGGGUGAAUGUCCUAACCUGACUGACUGACUGACUGGUGGCCAUACACCCCAUAGUAUGUUGAACCAUUAAGUUGGAGGUUUCACAAUGCACUAACAUUGCUGCCCUUACAAAACUAAAUGGCUUCUUGAAGGCCCAUUGCGUUGGAGGCAGGCCCCUGUAAGUGUACCGAGCUCCAGGGUUAUUGCACAUAAACUGGUCGCUCUUAAAGAGGCCUGACGAACUCAUCUGGGCACUGCAGACAAGCCCCUUCUCCACAUUGCCAUAGGAUAGUGGAUGUUUUCAUUUCAGAAACACUAUUUUUUCACAUUCCUUUUUUUUUUUUUUUUGGUUGUGCUACCCUGACUGAUUGUUUAUUUAUUAUUUGAUUGCUGAAUUGCUAGUUCUUCACAAACAAGUGAUACUGAAAACUAAAAUAUUGCAAGAGAACCAUUUUACUUUUAAAACUGCUUCAGUAAGCAUUUAAACCAGGAAUGAUGAUACAAACAAAACACUGUAUGUAUAAAUGAUUUUUUUUAAAUGGAAUUGCAUCUUUCUGUAAUAAUAAAGUUCUCCGCUAUGUGUACA